GCUAACGAGUAGUGCAUGAGGUUGUGCGUACGUAUGAGAUAAAAGUCCAACCCAGGUGAUGGUAAGAUUCAAAAAUUAGAGCUAGCAUCAUAGCAUUAUGAGUCAGGAUAGCCCUGCGGCCGUUCCUGGGAAACCGUAUUGGACCUACUUCUCAGACAUAGUAGUCGAGAAUGUUAGCGGCGCGAUAGAUACGGUUUCCAAAGCAAUCAAAAGUUCGAACUCCGAGAACUUGAAUAAUAGUGGAUCAGAUACGAAUGAAGAAGAUGGUGAUUGUUUAAAAGGUGCUGAUGAGGCUGAUAAUACUGUGUAUGGAUCGAGCCUGCGAUUCAACGAGACUAUCAAGCGCAUGAGCUUAAUGUUAGAAUCAGAGACAAAUACAAAUACAAACGCAAUUACAAAUAAUAGUGACGUAGCAGACAAAGGCGAUGCCAAAUCAACUCCAACGGUGUCACUAACGGAUAUGGGCAGUCGUAUUUUACCUGUACAUCACUUCUCAAGUAGUGGUCUGAUUCUAUCUAAUGAAGCACUAGCUACGACGGAUUGGCAUAAAGUCGACCUUACUUCAGAAGAACAACUACCGAAUGUUAGUGGUGAUGUGCAACGAGGUCGUGCAGCGUAUUUUGAUACGUUGACAGGUCCAGAGAGUCGACCAGUAGCAUUCGCUUUGCCACGAGCGGGUAGUAUACCUCGCCCUGGCAAAGGCAAUAUGGCAUUUUCACGUGCGAGGAGUUAUUCAGUAUCUGGUAGUGCAUACAGGGGUAGUCAUCCCAACAAGCCUAGUACUAACAUACAUAAAGGAAAGAAUGGUAUCGGAAACAAUGUUAUCUAUAGGAUCGAUCAAACUCGUGAGAGGGCUUCGUCUAGUAGAAUAAAGAACAUAUUAAGACCCACUCAGCCCGCUCAGAACAGCAGCAUGCGUAUGAACAGGAGUGCGAGUUUGAACUUUGGACAGUCACACUUGCAGCAAUCACGACACGAUAACAAUAGCAGUACAAAGCGUUCACAGCAAUUUAUGCCUGGGAAUCUACCGGCACGUAGUUUAUCCGAGGCGCGGUACAGAGCACCAGGCUCGAGCGCAUCGCCAAUGACAACCAGGCCCGCUUCCCAUAACGACUCACGUCUUGUAUCAGAUUCGAGGAUUUUUGUAUCGAGCCGUCAACAUCGUACAGAAUCUAGCUCUUCCACGUGUUCGGCCAGUCCUUCUAUGCGAGGCCCUCCACGUCGUACGUCAGACUUGGCUGUUCGUACAAGAUCAAACUCUGCCUCUCGUUCGGUUAGUCCUGUUGUGCGAGGGCCCCCGCAACGCUUUUCAGACAUCACAAACCGUACAGACUCACCCACAUCCUCAGAACUCAUCAGUCCUGCUGUGCGGUCUCUCCCACGUCUUACGUCAGACAUCGUAAGCCGUACAAACUCAAAAGCAUCCUCGGUAUCCGAGAAUCAGGGUCUACCCAAUCUCACAAGUGGUAGAUCGGGCUUUGUACGUGGCAAAUCAGACAUCACACUUGAUACAUCAGGUGUUUCAUACAACCGAAGAUGGUCGAACGUGCCUGGGAGCGCAUCGAAUAAGCCGGAUCCCGUAUCACGUAGGCGGCCGAGGAGCAUGAUUAUGACGUCAGAUGUUCGUUACCAAUCGGUAUCGCUAUCGGAUACACCCACUGACACGCAACAAGCGGCACCCAUAGCCCCACAUCGGUCCCAAGGCACUCCCAAUAGACCGAAGUCUCACCUGUGGCUGAUAUCAAGUGGCCAAACGAGUUUUGACAAUGGGGGUGAUCACAGUGGGGGUAGUGUGUUUAGACGGACAGACUCCUUGCCGUGCAUUGUACCUAAACCACGACCACGUAGCAUCUCGCAGGUGCCGCGGCAUAGUAUCACGUCCGUGAACAGCGUCACUUCCUUAGAUAGUAAUGCGAGUGUGCAGUCUCUAUACACACCCAGUAUAGUAAGGCUGGAGAGUGUCCGAUCAUCGUCUCGCACAGGCAGAAGAUUGAAGCGUAGUUUGAGUGCCAGUAGAAAAAACUCUCGGGACAGUUCAAGCCAUGGGACACAAAACCUCACAAGUGAGCAGAGAGCUAGUGUAGACGAAUCUACGCAUACUACACAACCUUCACGAUCUCGCUCACAAUCAGUAUCAGCAAAUAGGCCACGUCAAUAUCACAGAGGUAUUCAAGGUGGCAGUGAUGGGGCAGGAGAUGAUGUACGACGAGAUAUUCUGAUACCCAAACCUACUCCAAAAACUCGUCCGUUGUCAAUGUUUGGACCUUCGAGUGGUAGUAUCUUGAGGUCAAUAUUGCGCUCAGAGUCACAGAACGAACCCCGGAAGCAGCACUCAAAUACUGAUAGCACCUUGCUGCGUGCUAGCGAGAUGAAAAUGUCGCUUUUGAGUCCACUACCGGACACAUGCGUUGUCAAGGGGGACGAACGGGUUGAGGUCAUAACCAAUGAUCGAGCAGACAAAGCCGAAACAGCACAAAAUGCCGACGAAUCGAAACAAGAGGCUACCGUUCCAGCCAAUCCGGAAACACCUACACCAAGAACGGAGGAGCGAACACAAACCAUUGUAGGUGAUGGGAUCUUUAUCGAGUCACUCAUAUCACCGAAGAAUAGCGACCGGCAUAUGAGGGGUUCAACGAAACAUAUUGAGAGCAGUUACGGCCCGAUUAUUCGUAGGAACAGGUCCCAAUCGGAAUCGCAGUAUGGCAUAAAUGCGGGCCAAUCCGCCCUGCAGAAUAUAGCGCUGGCAAACGCCGUACGCUCGCACUCGUCAAGCCUGCAAAGUAUAAACGAUAGCGUAGAGGAGGGCUCAAGCACGGAUACGUGUAUGAGAAUAAAGACAUCUAUAGGUACGAGUUCACCUGGAGAUAUAGAUUCGGUGGAAAUUCGAGCUACUCCCGAACUGCAGAAUCGCUUGGCCGGAGUGGAAUCCUUGGUAGCGGAGGAUUUCAGCGCGAAACGAGGGCGGUCUGAUGUUCUGCGCCGGCGCGCGUUCGCACGCAGCCGAUCGCAGUCGGAUGUGGGACGCAGACACUCAUCGUACAAUCCGAAUAGUUACAAUUUCAAACCCAAAUUGAAUUCUAAUCCCAAUUCUAUUUUUAAAUUAGGGAUGACAGGCAGAGGUAGGGCGAAUAGUGCUGGUAGGGAGGAAGGAAGUGUCACUGAACUCUCUAAGCGUAGCAAUACUAUAUCGACCAUGCUGCCUGCUACUGAGAAGCUCUUGCGAACACAGUCGCUGACCUCAACUAGUCGCACACACCCGCAAAACGAGCAACACGGUUCAGAUAAUACGCAAUCUCUUGUACGCAGAGUUAACUCAUAUUCUGCAGGGGGUCAACAAUCGAGAUCGUUACAUAUAACGGAUAAUACGCAGAGUUACAAUGACAUCAGCCUUAAAAACUCGCGCUCCUAUCUAGAAUCCAUGGCGGCCACGCCGUAUGGAGAAAGUUAUGAUAGCAAUCGGCGAGCCUAUAGUAUUACCAGCAGUCAUCAGAGACACUACAGUCCACAACACAGCGACCAGAGGAAUGUCCACAGCCAGAUGAAUCAAGGCAAAUCCGAAGGUAAUUGGCAUAGCUACCAAUUUAAUGACAGCAGCAAUAGGAACAUUCACACCAAUGACAUCAAAAAAAGGACCUAUUUCAGACCUGUAUCACGGGCACGCUCGGCUAGUACUACAUCGCUGCGCACGCUACGAGAGUCAGACGCGAGCUUAGGCCCUGUAUUGGGUACAUAUAGCAGUUACAACUACACGAACACUGUGGAUACCUCUAUGGAGAGUCUGCUGACCCACGCCGACUUCAUGGGUCAACAGAGUGGGAUACAGUGGGCAAACGCAGGAGAUAGUAGAGGUAAUGCACUGGCAAGUGAAGAUGAGAGUGCACUUUCAUCCUCGUCUCUCUCGCCGAAGUCUCUGCAUGUGAUGUCCAAUCCCAUUCAGACCAAGCAGAGUUCGGUCAAGAAUUUUGCGGCGGCGGGCAAGAUCGAGGACGUCGCCCACCGACGCUUGCGACUACGUCCACGUUCACGUAGUAUGCGUUCAAAUCGGCCCCCUCCCAGGAUGCUGGGUAGUCAUUCGGAUCUGGGGUAUGACAGUAGCGGGUAUUCCGGUGGGUCACCUUUGGCGGGUUAUACAAGCCUGCCCUCGUCACGGCCGGCCUCGAUUUCUUCGCUGUUGACACGCAGCAAUAACAGUCUCGGUAGUAUCACGCUGACGGAGACGGUGGAGGCGGGGACGGAGACCAGAAACAAUGCGGUGCUUGAGUUUGGCUCUGGCGGUGGUUUCGUAAGGUCUGAUAGUUGCCCGACUGGGAUGCAGGCUGACAAUGUUGUGGCAUUUAUUGGACAGGGUCAAGAUACUUUUGCGCAGCAGAACCGGGCUGCCAAGAUGGACCAGGAUACACAGGCACAGCUAGAUACGGCGAUCCGUACAAGUACGUGUUUUUAUACGGAUGCAGGUGCAAAUAUGUGCGAGUCGAAGGGUGUUAGUAGCUCGGGUCUGAACGACUUCAGGGUUGGGAGCCUCGAUAGCCUUGUAUCUAUCAGCGCUGGAAGGGCUGUAGAGCUCGAACAAGUGGUCGAACACGACAACGAGAGUGACUCCAUAUUCAUACAGAGACACCUCUCGCUACCAAACGAGGUAGUACCCGGCCUAAGUUGGCUGAGCAACAGUCACAGUCAGUUUCAGUUACAUAAAGAGACCAAAUCCGCGAAUGCAUUGGACGCUGGUACAAUGCUACCUGAUGCCGAUAGGACCGGCCGUGAGCGCAUCACUUUCGAUGAAGAUGUGCGGGUGGCAGCUACGUAUAACAAUUCAGAGUACAACCGUACGAAUAAUCGCGAAUCAGAGAGUAAGAAUAGAGCGAGUACGUUUAGCAUUAAGGGGGCGAACAAGGCAGAGAAAGUUCGUGAGUUGUUGCGUUUUCGGUGGGGGUCUGUACGCAGUAGUAGCAGUCGGUCGUUAGCCACGAAUGAUUCAUCGUGCUCCAGCACAGAUGAAGCAGACGCAAUCGAGGAUAACCCUCCGAGCGAGAGUGAUAGCCAUAGCAACGGUGAGGGUAUCAUCAAAGGAGAACGAGGAAGGGUCACAGCUGUAGCUACCUCUAGGUCCAAGGAGAAGAGCAAAAAAAUUGUCCGUAGCUGUAGUGUGCCUGUUGGGGUAAAUGAUGUGGUCACUGGACGCAAACGAAGGUUUUCAGUCAGUAUUAGGCGGCGUACAAGGAACAAGAAGAACAGUGAGGCCAGGAUUAUGCAGCUAGACACCGAGGACGGCAAAGACGAUAGUUUGAUGAUGACCAUGGGUGAGUUUUUGUUCCAGGGGACCAAUAAUGUUGCGGAAAGAGAGGGAGGGAUUGUACUGACUAUGGAGGAGUUCUUGAUGGAAAGCUCAGCGGGUACUCAGUCGGUGGUGUGAUGCGUGGGUACUGGGUUUGCGUAGUGAUGGUUGGUAUUGGUAUCAGUAUCAUUAAGUGAGAACAAAACUGUGGUAUGUAGAGAGACGCAGGCGAAAUAAUAUGAAUCGUUAUAAAACGCAGAUGUGUACGUAUAUUACAAGUGUAUACUUACAUAUUACCAAAUAUCGGC